CUACUUGAACGUGGACUCGACGUUAAUGCCAAGAAUCGUGCAGGUGAAACAGCGUUACACAUUGCAGUAGAAAAAGACUUUUUUGAACUAGCAAAUCUCUUGAUUGAGAGUAAUAUCGACAUUAACGCAAAGACACUUCAAGACGGAAGAACAGCUCUACAUAUUUCAAUUUACGAGAAGAAAACUGAUUUGGUAUCAUUAUUGGUGAAGCGCAAUGCUGAUGUAAAUGCCAAAGACAGCAGCGGUCAAACAGCAUUACAUGUGGCAGCGUCCUGGGGCCUCACAGAAGAAUGUGCUAUGUUGAUUGAGCACGGUGCAAUCGUCAAUUCCGAAAACCAUCUAAACCUUACCCCAUUGUAUUAUGCAGUG